CGAAAAAACGGAAGGAAAAAAAAGGGACAAGCAAAUGACAAAAAAUGAGGGAAAGGGACUUACCACCGGUGUCCCCCUGACGCCAGAGUUUAAAAGAAUGGGAGACCGUCAGCUGCUAAUCACUGUUUGGUGUGUUUGGUCCUCACCCAUCCACCCUCCUUCACUCUUUUGCCUCUUACGAGGGACCUCCAAGCGUCAUGAUGGACCUUCGCAGACACUUGCUCCCCGUCCUGGGGCUGGCAGGUGUUCUAGUUGCAGCUCGGGACAUGUGCCCUGAGCUGUGCAGCGUCGCCGGCCCGAAUCCGUCCAACUGGACCGUCGUGGCCGAGUUUGGCCAGCUUCAGGCCUGCCGGAAGACACUGGUCCUCGACUUCGCAGUGCAUAUCCCUGUCACUGUUCAGCAGCAGAUUCGGGUGUGCGCUGUUUGGGGUGACGACUUUGGCAGCCCUGUCAGUUCCAAACCCUCAAACACUACCCACACCGACGGACUCGCCGAGGAGGUCACGCCGUCGUUCGCCUGGACGCCUGCCACAUCCGAGGACGAGAUCGGGGACAGACUUGCCCACAACACCAUCGAAACCCUGGGCAGCUACCUGCUGCGAAGCCCGUCGGCGGAAAACCGUACAAUCAUCUUUGGCACAGCAUCCGACAUAACUGUCGGUGUUUACGUCGGUGCCCACCUCCGGAAUCCUAGCGUGGCCGAGUCCUUUUUCAACUUCACUUCGAACUCCUUCCUUGCCGCCAUCCAUGCAGUCGGGAUCGCAGACUCAAAGUCGGCCCUGCUCCAGGUCUGCGAGAACCGCACUGCCGACGAGACCUUUGGCCUCAUUGCCGCUAGCAGUGCGGACUUUGCUAUAGUUCACGAUGCUGUCGCCAAGUGGAACAAUGGCUCAUGCGUCGACACUUCACCAUAUGCCGCGACUCGUCAGCUCAGCCCUGUCACUCUUUCUGUCGCUCGCCUUAGCGUUCCCCCUACUUCUUCCGCUAGGAACAGCACGCUUCACGAGACGCCAUUUCCCCGUAACUCGACCGUCUAUCCGCGGCUGAGAGCCCGAGCUGACUGUAGAAGCAUCACCGUCAGUGCUGGCAAUGGCUGCUGGGAUCUGGCCUCCCGCUGCGGCAUCUCUCAGCAGGACAUUUCUCGCUUCAAUUCUGCAUCCAACUUUUGCAGCACUCUUCAGCCUGAUCAGACGAUUUGUUGCUCCUCCGGGACCCUGCCGAAGCCGAAAGAGCCCGAAGGCAACUCUGACGGCACUUGCAUCACCGAAAAGGUUGAGGAAGGAGAUGACUGUGGUAAGCUCGUCAGCAGAUGCGGCCGUGGCCUCACACCUGCACUCUUCUACAAGUACAACGAGGGCAAAUCCAACCUGUGCGCCACGCUCCAGCCCGGGCAGCGUGUUUGUUGUACACAGGGAAAGCUCCCAGAUAUCCGGCCCAAGAAGAACUCGGACGGCACUUGCUUUGCCUACAAGAUCCAGCAAGGUGACUUUUGCGCCAAGGUGGCUGCGAACAAUGGUUUUACGGUCGAGGAGCUGGAGAAAAUAAACAAGAACACAUGGGGCUGGAACGGAUGCGAAAACGGCUUUUGGCCGGACAACUGGAUUUGCCUCAGCGAUGGAGAGCCGCCAUUUCCCGCCCCGAUCGCGAAUGCCGUCUGCGGCCCCCAGAAGUUGGGGUCGAAACCAAGCCCUGGCAUGACAUCGCGGGACUGGGCGAAGCUCAACGAGUGUCCCCUCCGGGCAUGCUGCAACGUCUGGGGACAAUGCGGCACCACCGCCGACUUCUGCAUCGACACCAACACCGGUCCACCGGGCACGGCCAAGAAGGGCAGUUUCGGGUGUAUCUCGAACUGCGGGAUGAGUCUCAUCCGUUCACCUUCUCCGCCUGCUCAGUUCAUCAAGUUGGGCUAUUUCGAGGCCUGGAGCAUGGGCCGAAAAUGUCUGCAAAUGGAUGUCCAGCAGAUUGACCCGUCAUAUACCCACAUCCACUUUGCCUUCGCUAUGCUUACCGAUAAAUUCGACGUGUACUUCGAAGACAAGCGCUCACAAUUCCAGUUCGAGCGCUUCAAGUCCAUGAGAGGCCCCAAGCGUAUCAUUUCGUUUGGCGGUUGGGAGUUCUCGGCGGAAGCUCCCAACUACCGCAUCUUUCGCGAAGGAGUCAAGUCCGCUGAGGCUCGUGACAAGCUGGCCAACAACCUCGUCAAGUUUGUUGUUGACAAUGACUUGGAUGGCCUUGACAUUGACUGGGAGUAUCCUGCUGCCCCGAACUUGGGCGAGGGAGUACCGAAAGGAGACGAUUCGGAGUCCCUCAACUACUUGCUACUGCUCGCCAACAUCCGGAAAAGGCUACCAAUGACCAAAUCACUAUCCAUCGCCGCCCCCGCCUCCUACUGGUAUCUCAAACAGUUUCUGAUCAGGGAAAUGUCAUUCCUCCUCGACUACAUCGUUUACAUGACCUACGACCUCCACGGACAGUGGGACGCUGGUAACCAAUGGGCAACACCGGGCUGCCCUACCGGCAACUGCCUUCGAAGCCACGUUAACCGCACCCUUACCAUGAACGCGCUGACCAUGAUUACCAAAGCUGGUGUGCCAUCCAACAAGAUCCUAGUGGGAGUCAGCAGCUACGGACGCAGUUUCAGAAUGGCAGACCCUGGUUGCGCCGGGCCCGACUGCUUUUACCUCGGAAACAGACGCAACUCCGAGGCUCGACAGGGCCGAUGCACCGGCACGGCUGGUUACAUCAGCAAUGCCGAGAUGAGCGAGAUUGGAAGCGCGAAGCUCUCAUACGACAGAGACAGCGACUCCAACAUCCUUCAAGACGGCGAUCUUUGGGUAGGGUACAUGGAUGAUAAGGUCAAAGCCGAACGCACACGGAUCUACAAGGCCUACAACUUUGGUGGGACCAUUGACUGGGCCGUUGACCUUCAGGAGUUCCAUCCCAGCCCGCCCAGCUACAGCGGCGUCUUCAAGGAGACAGCCUUGACUUGGGCCCAAGUUGUCGAUAAUGUCAACAGGGGAGACCAUGCUGGCUGCAACAGGGCGGUGAGGACCGGCAGUUGGCUUGGAAAACAGUGCAGCAAACAUCCUACGGACAACACCAAUCACCCAGUAUCGGACUGGCAAAAUAUUUUGCCGGCGGAUAGAUGGGACCAGAUGGACUGCGGAUCGGCCUGGAAGGAUGCAAUUCUUGCCGCCGAUACGUGCUAUGAAGGCCAAGUCUGGACUCUCGCGAUAGCCUCGUUUUUCCAUUUCAACCGGGGCGACAAAUGUAACGAUAUGGCACCAGCCAAUGAUUGUAUUGUAGCGGCAUGUGAAACGUACAACUCUGAUAAAACACAUGUGGACCACCAAACCGGAGCCUGCGGAUACGAAAUCUGGAACUCAAUCGUGCAGGUUCACUCGCUCCUUCGAAACUUUCACGCGGCUAUCAAGUCGGCUGCUGAGAAUCUUUCCAGAGAUUACAAUAAGGAAGCGUUUAUUGCCGCAUUUGCUCCAAAAAGGGCAGAUGGCUCGGAGCUUGUCGGCCUUUUGCUAGAUAUGCUACAGAUUCCGAUGGGCAUGGCCGGGGGCAAACUAUUGUCAUCUGCAUUCCUGAACAGCCGCGUCUUUGGCGGUAGCACUUCAGGAGGGGGAGGCCUGCUGCAGGAUGUGGUAGGCGCACUCGCCGGCCUGGGCUGGGAUCAAGCCAAGUCUCAAAUUAAGGACGCAACUGGCAAGAGCAAGGAAGUAACAUUCAGCUCGGUUUUCGAUCUAAUGAUCAAAAGUUGGACAGACCAAAUGGACCACAUGGUGAAGACGUUGUUCAAUGGGGAGCCUAAAAACGUUGAGCUAUUGGGGAAACUCAUCGACAAGGGCAGAAUGAUUAAAGGCAAAAACCUUGGCACAGAGACCUUGUCCAAGUCUUUCCAGGACCAGACUGAUCAGUGGGUCCUCGAGAAGCGGCUAGAGCGGCCCUUCUAUCUGGCUGCCAUUCCGGCGGCCUGGAAGGCUAACGGCAUGAACCCCGUCCUGGUCGACUUCGGCCCCAGCUGCGAGAUCGAGGCGUCGAGGUAUUACGCCGUGGACUGGCGGAAGUACAACCCAGGCUGGCGGUGUCCUGCAGGGCGCUCCUACCACCUCGCCUCUGUACGCGAUGGGCCUCCGCAAGUUUGUGGGGCGCCGUACCCGGGCAACUCGUGCCCCCCCGUGCUGCAGUGGACCCUCGACAUGUUGGACGGCAUCGAGGAGCUUCCUGACGAGCACGAGCGGGAAUCCUGGGGUGGCGUAACUGUAACAAUGCUGAUUGAGGGAGCGGUCGCGACCUUCGAGGCGAAUGGCGGCAAGAACAUCAUGGAUGCGGAGAAGCAGCCGCUGCAGGACCCCGUUUACGAUGCAGAGCAGGCGGCAAAGGGCGACGGCGUGGACACGAAGCGACCCGGAUUCGUCCGCAUCCCGAUCUGCGGGCCGGACGAGAUCAAGCGGAACCUCGACAAGGGCAAGGGCCGCCACCUGAAACCGGAGAAUUACCCUUGCGACCCGUGAGCUGGAGGCAAGGCCGCGACGGCGCAUGAGAGACGAGAUUUGCCCACAGGCAAGAUAGAUGUAACCUCUCCUUUGUGCUCACGGAUGCCUAUCUGGUUUUUCAUUUGCGCUGCCUGGACCAAUUAUCCGCUCGCUCGAUGUUCCGAGAUAAGCGCGCAGAAAGGAGGUUGCGGCUGGCACUGGUCGCCAACUUGGGUCGUGUCUAGAAUUUCACUUUGUUUCAAUCAGCCUGCCAGUGAAUGGCGACGACCCAGCAAAGCGGUAGCCACAAAGCUUGAUAAAUUAUUUAUCCCCG